CUCCAAACUAACAUGGCAGUCAGACUGUGUGAUGUGGCUUCUCUGCUUAGAAGUGGUUCGUGGGCAGCAGAGCCUUGGACUGGGCAGGUAAUUGCUGCCAUGGAAACACAACUGUCUAAUGGACCAACUUGCAAUAAUACAGCCCAUGGUUCAACCACCAUAAACAAUUGCUCAUCACCAGUUGAUUCUGGGAACACAGAAGACAGCAAGACCAAUUUAAUAGUCAACUACCUUCCGCAGAACAUGACACAAGAGGAGCUGAAAAGUCUGUUUGGCAGCAUUGGUGAGAUAGAAUCCUGCAAGCUUGUCAGGGACAAAAUAACAGGACAGAGCUUGGGUUAUGGUUUUGUGAACUACGUUGACCCCAAGGAUGCCGAAAAAGCUAUCAACACUCUGAAUGGAUUGAGACUUCAAACUAAAACCAUAAAAGUUUCCUAUGCGCGACCAAGUUCGGCUUCUAUCAGAGAUGCAAAUUUGUAUGUUAGUGGACUUCCAAAAACGAUGACCCAGAAAGAACUGGAACAGCUCUUUUCUCAAUACGGACGCAUUAUUACUUCUCGUAUCUUGGUUGACCAAGUCACUGGGGUAUCAAGGGGAGUGGGGUUUAUCCGGUUUGACAAGCGAAUUGAAGCAGAAGAAGCUAUCAAGGGCUUGAAUGGCCAGAAACCUCCAGGUGCCACAGAGCCCAUCACUGUAAAGUUUGCUAACAAUCCAAGCCAAAAAACCAAUCAGGCCAUCCUUUCCCAGCUGUACCAUUCUCCAAACAGAAGGUAUCCGGCACCUCUAGCUCAGCAGGCUCAACGUUUUAGGUUGGACAAUCUGCUCAACAUGGCUUAUGGAGUAAAGAGGUUUCCUCCAAUGACCAUUGAUGGAAUGACCAGUUUGGCUGGAAUUAAUAUCCCUGGACAUGCAGGAACUGGAUGGUGCAUUUUUGUGUACAACUUGGCCCCUGAUGCUGAUGAGAGUAUCCUCUGGCAAAUGUUUGGACCCUUCGGAGCAGUAACCAAUGUGAAGGUCAUCCGUGACUUUAACACCAACAAGUGCAAAGGUUUUGGAUUUGUGACUAUGACAAACUAUGAUGAGGCAGCUAUGGCAAUAGCCAGCCUGAAUGGAUACCGCCUUGGGGACAGAGUAUUGCAGGUCUCCUUCAAAACAAACAAAACGCACAAAGCCUAACAAGUUAUUCUCAGUGCAUUAAUACAUGAAAACUAUACAACAAAGGCAAUUUACAAGAAGCUUUAUGCAUUAGUAAAUGCCUUUGUUGUAUGCCAGUGUGGAAAUGGGGAUAAAAUGACUACUUAGCAUCCUAAGAAUAUGUGAGAUUUUUUAUUGCUAAUAUUUGAAUUAAAACUUCUUAAAUAUCUUUUGUGUUUGAGUAUUGACAAGAGGUACAGGUUUUUUACCUGUCACAAUGCAUAUUCUAUUGCCUUCUUUGAAGAAGGUGGACCUUUUAAAAUGUUUCAGCUAAGGGAAGAAGUUUUUUCUUUUUACAUGACUGCCUUUAACCUAUGAGUAAAUAUUGAGGCUUUGUGUUAUACUUCUUAAGUUGUUUUUUUUGUUAUUUCUUGAUUUGCCUUGUGUUUGAUUUACAUUAUAAUGCAUUGCUGUUUUGUUGUUCAAAAAAAGUAUUUGAAGUUUACAUUUUAUUUAUAAAGUUAUAAGCAGUAUUUAUUUUGUAAUUAUCAUUUGGGUUGGGGAAUGGGAACACAUUAUAAAAGCUUAUUGUAAGAAUACUGGAGAACUUUUCGUAAAGCAGUACCUUGCCAAAGAGAUAAGAGCCUCUUUGAUGUGGGUUUAAAAAAGCAUCUAUUUUUA